GAGGAGGAGGAAGCGCUGCCUUCCUCCUCCAUCCCCGGGGAGAUCCGAGGGAAUUCCAGGAGGGGGAAAACAAUCCCGACAUCCCAUCCCAGGAUGGCCGACGGGCACGGCUGGUGGAAGCUGACGUUCCUGCGGAAGCGCCAGGCAGCGCCCACGGUGCUGUACGAGAGCCCCGACGGGCACGGGGCACCGGGAGGGGACAGCGCCGAGGGGACAGGACCGGAGGGGACACCGGGCUACGCCGCCCGCCUGGAGAAAAUCGUGGACAAAAACACCAAGGGCAAACACGUCAAGGUCUCGCACUCCGGGCGCUUCAAGGAGAAGAAGAAAGUGAGGGCGACGCUGGCCGAGCAUCCCAACCUGUGCGGGGCCGGCGAGCGCGAGGAGCAGUGAUGUCGCGGAUGUCGCCGAGCGGAGAGGACUCAGGGCGGAAUUGAUCUGUGGGACGAUCCGGGAGCCUGCAGGACUGAGCCCGGCCAUCGCCGUCCCUCCCCAGCUCCCCAGCGCUGACUGGUUUAUACUGGGAUGAGGACACUCCCCCCAUGGCCCUGGCUCUGCCCCAACCUCAUUUCCUAUCCCCUCCUCCGGUCACUUUUGGUCACUUUUUGUGCCCCAAUCUCCUCCUCCCGUCACUUUUGGUCACUUUUUGUGCCCCAAUCCCGAGGGGCGUCUUUGCCGAGGACACUUUCCUGACCCCGCAGGGG